UUGCCUCGCGCAGCAAGAAGCAUUUCCUUUGGCCAAAUCUGAGCCAAUCAGCUUGCUUCUUCUUGCAAGGUACCAACCCAUCUGUGACUUUCAGCAUUCACAUGUAGUUAACCUGUUUGUAUGAAAAGAAUCUCAGAAUGAACACCGUUUUGACGUCUAUUUCCCGUCUGCGUGGAUUAACCCACCUGCGUAGCAGCGCCCCUAUGUCAGAUCUCCCAGCAAAUGCCACGUCUCACCUCAGGUUCUUCAGCAGCUGGUUUGCGUCUGGCGCAGCUGCAAGACCUCGGGUUUUCCGACUUCUGGGGCCACUCCCUAUGCAAGCAGAGAGCAGCGACGUGGUCCAGCAGCUCCCCUGGCUGCACCAGCAGGUGCGAACCCGCAAAAGAGGCACAGAGUACCAGCCGAGCAACAUAAAACGGAUAAAUAAGCACGGUUGGAUCAAGAGGAUGAGCUCGCAGGGCGGCAUAGAGGUGAUCCUGCGGCGUAUGUUAAAGAGACGGAAAUCCCUCUCUCACUGAAGGUCUUGAUGGAGGAUCUGAAGGACUUGGAAUCUUGGGAGGAGCUCAGGGUGCCACUGGAAAUGUCUGUAGUUGGAUAAAAUGGUGAUUCUGGUGUCAUACUUUCAAAAUGACUGUUUUGUCUUCUGAUCAGAACCAAGAACUGCUAUCUUAUAGUUUCACCAACCGGUCAAAACGUCCUGUUCUAAAUUACAACAUGUAAAAUGUGUUUCAAUGAUGAAAUGUAUCAAAAUAAAAUUAUUUUGCAAAAUAA